CCAUCCGCUCCCUCAUCUCUCCAGACAGGUACAUCAUUGUGGUGGAGCACGACUUGAGUGUACUGGAUUACCUGUCAGACUUCAUCUGCUGUCUGUAUGGUGUUCCCAGCGUUUACGGUGUGGUGACCAUGCCCUUCAGCGUCCGGGAAGGGAUCAAUAUUUUCUUGGAUGGCUUCGUGCCGACAGAGAACCUGCGCUUUAGGGAGACGUCUCUGGUGUUUAAAGUGGCUGAGACAGCCACUGAGGAGGAAGUGAAGAAAAUGUGCCGCUAUCAGUACCCCAACAUGAAGAAGUGCAUGGGCGAGUUCUCGCUCACCAUCACGGAAGGAGAGUUCACCGACUCCGAGAUCAUGGUCAUGCUGGGAGAGAACGGAACUGGGAAAACCACGUUCAUCAGAAUGCUUGCAGGAGGCCUCAAACCAGACACAGGAGGUGAAAAUCAGCACACACCAGUCCAGUAUUUAACAUAAUUCAGGAAAUUGCAAAUUAUUCAUCUAAAUCUAAUCCCAUUUUAUUGGAUUGUAAUAUUCUAUUCUAAGAAAGAAAAUAUAUUGUGUAUGUAC